AUGAAGCAGGGCCAAUUGUACACAUGUUCAAAGGAGCAUGGAAACAAGAUUUGGACUUUCUUGGACAGCAGUGCAAGCAAAGUGAAAUUCUCUCACCAGCCAGUGUUUGGCCCAGCUGAAAGCAUUGAAGUGGAAUUUGAGAAGCUGAAGGAGUGGAAGGUGUGCAAGUCAGCACCUCCAGAGAAAUGCCACCAUUUGAAAGCUCUUGCCCACAUGGCAGUUGCCAAUGGUUCUGCAAUUGUGGCUUUAGAGCUGCAGAAAGCACAUGUGCAGAAGACUUUGCUGCAAGUGUGUGUUGACCAAAUGGUUGGUCCUGAGGAUGUAGCCUUCAGCAACCACCCCAACUUGGUUUGGUCAGUGAAGAAGGUGAAGAAAGGAGCAUUGAAAUUGUUCCCAGCAGGCACUGUCACCAAAGUGAAAGACACACCUGUUGGAGGCAAGCAUUACAUCAAGGCCUUUGGGCACCAUUGGCUUGUUCAGCCUUUCAAAGCUUUGACUGACUUCAAGAAGGGUGAAGGUGUUCUGGCUCCUUUCUGGUGGGUGAAAAGUGCUGACAAUGAGGGCAACAUGCAGCUGGCAGAAGCUACAGUGGAUGGUUGCAAGAUCCCUUACUUGGUGAACUGCACUCCUCUGGGCCCUGAAGAGAUGCUGGUCCUUGAGAAGCCUGAAAAUGCUUCUUCUGCUAAAAAGCAGAAACUGAAGGCUUAG